UUUUUGUCUCCAUAUCCACUUAAUCAACCCCCUCCCCUUCCUAUUUAAACCCACUACUACUUCCAAGCUUCAUCCCCACGCCCAGCACUUUCAUCACAAUAAUUCAUCCCAAACCGUCAAUAAUUCCACGUACCUACCUAGCUACUACCAUGGCUGCCAAGCUUGCCCUUCUUUCCCCGAACCCUAGCCCUGCUGCCUCCCCAUGGACGUGGAAUUCCAAGCAAACCCUCCAAGAAGACGAUGAUUCAUGGGAGGUCAGAGCCUUUGCAGAAGACACCAACCAAGCCAUGGGCACCACCUGGCCGCCCCGUUCCUACACCUGCUCCUUCUGCCGGCGAGAGUUCCGCUCCGCCCAAGCCCUCGGCGGCCACAUGAACGUGCACCGCCGCGACCGUGCCCGGCUCCACCAGAAGCAGCCGUCCCCCACAGCCGCCCCCUCCACCCUCAUAAUCCCAAAUCAAGAAUUCGUCGGUAAUGGGGGACUCUGCGUUCUCUACUCCUUUCCAAACCCUAGUGGUUCGACUCUCUUCAAUCCUGCCACACUGAAUUACUCUUGCCCGCCGUUCAUUAAUUUUCCGGUGGGGUCGCCGAGCUCAAAUUCCUCUCUUGGUCACUCUACCAACACCGAAACUACUUCGACCUCGUUUGACACUGAUAAUCACCCGGAAACUUACAACUGUGCCAUUGAAGAACUUGACCUAGAGCUCCGGUUAGGGCGUAGUUCAUCAUGACCAACCACAGAAGCUACAGUGGAGUUUGAAGCUUAUAUACUUCUACUUUCUGUUUGAAAAAGGAGUGCCACAAAAUUAAUUUUUUUGUUACCUUUUUUUUUUUUUUUUUUCCUUUUUUGCUAAGUAAUCAACGUGUAACAUACAGUCUAUAGAAACUAUAUACACAUAUCAACAGUUCCUUUUUGGUUUUUUGCUAAGCUUAUAUAUACAUAUAAGACAUUUUGGUUUUUU